AAGAGACGCCGUCCCAUAUUGAUGGCAAGUGGCGGUGGGAGUUGUAUAAGAGAGGCAGGAGAACUCCAACAUGCAAUAUCAUAUUUCAUUUUCCCUCGCCGCAAUUUUGUAUGAGCAGAGCUGCUUGUUUCUGAAAGGAUUGCGGCGCUCAUGGACACGUCUUUCGACGGGCCCCUUGGGGACCCUGGCGACGAGCUUUGCUGGCAGUUCACACGCUGCGAGUCGCCCCCGCUUUUGUGUCGGGAGCUGCUCUUCAAAUUCCUCAUCGUAGGCGAGUUUGGCGUUGGGAAAACGGCCAUUGUGAAAAGAUACACCGAGGGAAGGUUUUCGCCGACGUACAAAAUCACAAUCGGCGCGGAUUUCUCUUUGAAGCAGCUCAGGUGGAACAGAACGACCAAAAUUAACUUACAGUUAUGGGACAUCGCCGGUCACGAGAGGUACGGCUACAUGACGAGGGUUUACUACAAAUACGCAGUCGCUGCGGCAGUUGUCUUUGAUGUUUCCAGAAUGGAGACAUUUCAAUUAGCGCACAAGUGGAUACAGGACAUCAGAGAAAAAGUGACCAUGCCGGACGGCUCACCGAUCCCCAUAGUGCUCCUGGCCAAUAAAAGUGAUCUCACCGAAGGGAUAAUCCAGACUGACGUAAUCAGCAGGUAUUGCAGGGAAUACGCCAUCGGUGCGUGGUUCAUCACGUCUGCCAAGGACAACGUAAACAUUGAUGAGGCGAUGGGUUAUUUGGUGGAGCAGGUGCUGGAGAUGAAAGCAGUCGAAGCAACAAAAGACUCGAUUGUGCUGCAGGAUCCAGCUCUGGACCCAAAAUCCCUCAACAAAUUUAUGCUCAGUGAAAAAUCUUCGUGCGGUUGCGGAUAAAAGCAAUUGAUUUUGAAAAUUAUAAAAAAAAAAUAUGUCUAAUUAUAAUUAUUAAAAUUUUGUUUUUUCAUUACACGAAUAAUUUUAUUUGUAACUCCACUUAAGUGAAUUAAAAUAUUUUCUUG